AUGCCCCCGCCGCCUCUCCCUUCACUCCGACCCAGCGGCCGCAUUCCUUCGCUCAACCAGUUCCCGGCUCCCAACUCGCCCCAACGUGCCCGCGGCCCGGCUCCCGAUCGAGGCCUUUCCGCUCGCAAAGUUGUCCUCACGCCCGGCCACUCUCCGCUGGACUGGGCAAGGAUAUCUGGUCCCAACGCCGACCUUCGCGGCGUGGCUUCUUCGUCUCCCUAUUUGCGCGUGACGCCUUCGAUGCUCAAGGUGCAGACGGGGCGCAAGGGCACAGAUGCGUGGAUGGCUAUCAACGGGAAAGUGUACAACGUCACGCCGUAUGCCAAAUUUCACCCUGGAGGCGUGCCCGAGCUGAUGAGGGGCGCGGGACGGGAUGGCACCAAGUUGUUUGGGGAGAUUCAUCCAUGGGUCAACUAUGAGACUAUGCUGGCGGCGUGUCUUGUGGGACUGCUGGUUGAUGAGCCAGACGGCAAGGAGAGUGAAAUGGACAAGAUGGAUUAG